AUGUGGACACCACGCGGUUGUCUCUUCCUUCCCUCCCCCAUCUGCGCUGCAGCGAAACCACUUGCGAUGAACACAGAGUUUGAAAGUCUAACGGCCAGCGUGAUGAAUUUGACCCUGUAUGGUGGCAGAGGUGGCAGUGGUGGUCGUGCAAAUGGCACAGGAGGUACUGGUGGUGUUGGACAAGGUCCAAUGGUCCCAAUAACCACACAUUCUCUGACAAUUCAGAGCUCAAGUGUGCAAGCACAAUAUGACAUAGAUAUCUUGCCCUAUCAGGGAUGCCCUCCUCCUAGUAAAUUCUUUACAGGUCGUGAAGAUAUUUUGGCCCAGCUUCAAGCUUGCUUUGGGAGCAACAGCAAAGAAGGGUGUCAUGUUGUUCUGCUCCAUGGUCUUGGAGGAACUGGCAAGACAGAAAUAGCUCUCAAAUUCAUUAGUGGUUCUGGAGAUAGAUUUGCAGACCAGUUCAAGAUUGAUGCAAGUGAUGCAGCCACAAUCCAAGCAGGCUAUCUCGAUAUUGCUAGGGUCAAGAAUUUAGAGCAGUCAAAGCCUGCAGUACAGGACUGGCUCAUUGUAAGGGCAACCCUGGAGACUCCGACGAAAGCCUAG